AUGUACAGAAUAGAUGUUUCAGAUUUUUAUGACUUCCAAGCAUUCAGAAAUAUGUGUCCAUUUAGAGACUAUAACAAAGCAGUCGAGAAUUUGAAACGUUUAGUCAUUUAUGUUGACUCUGCCCCAGAAUGUUAUGUCAUGAAAGAAUGGGAUGUUGUCUUUAACAAACCAAGAGCAACAAUAGUGUCUGAACAAGAAUGUAGACAGAAACUUAAGAAAAUAAAAGUUGUACAAGUUGGAAUGAAGAUGUUAGAUGCUUGGGAUAUCUUAUUGUCAAAGUUAGAAGAUUUUUCAGUUCGAGGUAUAAAGUUCUAUACACCUUCUCCAAACUUCUAUUCUAUCUUCACUGGAUAUAAAUAUGAACAAGUAGAAUGGAAACACAGUAUUAUAGAAGCUUGGUUAGACCAUGUCAAAGAAAUUAUAUGCAAUGGAAACGAAAAGGUUUAUGAGUAUAUCUUAUGUUGGUUUGCAAACAUCUUACAACAUCCAAGUGCUAAAAAUGAAACUGCUCUCAUUAUAAUUGGAAAACAAGGAACAGGUAAGAACACAUUCUUUACAGAUAUCUUAUGCAAACUGUUAGAAGGUUAUUCGAAUCCGAAUAUGACAAACUUAGAAAACAUCUGUGGCAA